AUGAAAAAACGAAAGCUGAGUUCAACCAAGUGCAAAGACAGCAGUGGCUGCGUUGAAACAAGUUCUCCGGAAAAGUGUCCUGCCGAUGCGUCGCUUCCCUCGGAACAAUCAGCGAUCAACUCGAUGGCGGAGAUGUGCGCCUACUGCUUUGAUGUACUCGGAUGCAAGCUGUACAACCGACGUGAACCAGCUCGUCCUUCUUUCUCCAAUGAUCCAUAUCCGCUGUUUGUGACCUGGACGGUAACAUCGAGUAAACGGCUUCGCGGGUGUAUCGGGAACUUUACAGCCGUGCCACUGCACGCAGGUCUUUGUGAUUGCACGAAAAAAAGUGCUUUUGAGGACGUACGCUUCCCUCCUAUUACUGUCGAUGAGCUACACGACCUUACCGUGUCAGUGUCGAUAUUGGAGAACUUUCAAAAGGCACGCGGAUAUCUCGACUGGACCGUUGGAGUUCAUGGAAUCGCUAUAACGUUCUGUAACGAACGAGGAACUAGGUGUUCCGCCACCUUUUUGCCAAAUGUUGCGACGGAACAAGGUUGGGACCGAACAAAAACAAUCGAUUCCCUUUUACGGAAGGGUGGAUACCGUGCUAGAAUCACGCCGAAAGUUCGUAACUCAAUAGAAUUGACUCGCUAUACUUCUCAAAAAUGGCACAUGUCUUAUGAAGAAUAUCGCCAACGUACUGCAAGAGACUAA